UAUAAAUUGAAGCAGAGGGGUGUAGUUUGAGUUAGGUCAGCACCCAUUCCUAAAUUCACCAUACUCACUUCCUGCAAUUUAUUAGUCCCUUUUCUCUUCUAUUUUACUUGUUUCCAAUGGGCCUUGCCGACAACACUGAUACGUCGUCGUUUAUGACCGACUUCCUCAAAAACUCCGGCGGCGUCGCCGUCAUCGACGGCGGCCUUGCGACGGAGCUGGAGCGCCACGGAGCCGACCUGAAUGACCCUCUCUGGAGCGCCAAAUGUCUCCUCACUUCCCCUCACCUCGUUCGCUCGGUACAUCUUGAUUACCUUGAGGCUGGUGCUGAUAUCAUAAUUACAGCAUCUUAUCAGGCAACACUCCAAGGUUUUCAGGCUAAAGGCUACUCUGAAUUAGAAAGUGAGGCCAUGCUUAAAAGAAGUGUGGAAGUUGCCUGUGAGGCAAGAGAAAUAUACUAUGAAAAAUGUCUUAAAUCUACUUCUAAAGAGACGGAGGAUGGGAAGAUUUUUAAACAUCGACCUAUUAUAGUUGCGGCAUCUGUAGGGAGCUACGGGGCUUAUUUAGCUGAUGGUUCUGAAUACAGUGGGGACUAUGGUGAAGCUAUAGAUCUAGAGUAUCUGAAGAACUUCCAUUGCAGAAGGGUACAUAUUUUGGCAGAAGCUGGUGCGGAUCUGCUAGCAUUUGAAACAAUUCCAAAUAAGCUUGAAGCCCAGGCUUUUGCUCAGCUUCUCGAGGACAAAUGCAUAACUAUUCCUGCAUGGUUUGCCUUCAAUUCUAAAGAUGGUAUAAAUGUGGUCAGUGGUGAUUCCCUGACUGACUGUGCCACAGUCGCUGAUACAUGCAAAAAAGUUGUUGCGGUUGGGAUCAACUGCACACCUCCCAGAUUUAUCAGUGAUCUGAUUACAUCUAUCAAAAAGGUGACAACAAAGCCGAUACUUAUAUAUCCAAACAGUGGAGAGACUUAUGACGCCCAGAAGAAAGAGUGGGUGCAAAAUACAGGAGUGCCAGAUGACGACUUUGUUUCAUACGUGAACAAAUGGUGUGAAAUAGGAGCUUCUCUUGUAGGAGGUUGCUGCAGAACUACACCCUACACUAUCAGAGGCAUUUAUAGGACUCUAGCUUCGAGAUCGGUCUCGUGAACGUGAUCAAGCAGGGAAAACAACCAAAAGUUGAUUAAGAGGUCUAGUUUCAGCUUAUAGUCUUAUACUGUUCAGAUCCCCUUUAUGGGAUUUAAAUUCUAUAUUUGGUUGCCAAGAAAUAUUUUUUUUUUCUCACCAAUUAAAUUGGGAGGAUAGAAGGUUGAUCCAAUAUUUGGAUGCAGAAUAUGAUAUGUUGAAUUGUUGAGGGUCUGAUAGUAUGUACUAUGUACUAUGAGAAAUUCAAAUUUUAGUAAUAUGAUCUUUUUUA